GUGCUUCUCUUUAUGUCAAAGACAGUGAAAGUUCUUAAGUACUGCUGUACUUUUUUUGACAAAUUAACCCGUGUAGCAUUAUGAUUCUCAACUCUGUUUGGCUCUUGGCACAUCCCAUGUUAGGAUUUAAGAAUCAUAGGGUGUAAUCCAAACUCUAUAAUGAAUAAAGCCUGAGCUGUCCACUCGCAAAUGUCAGUAUUGUCACACUCUUGUGCCUCUGUGAGGACAUGGCAUUUCCUCCGAUCUAUCGCAGGACGAAAACCCUAACCAGUCACCAUGAAGCCGCAGCCAAUUUAUGGAGCCUUCUGUGAAAUUUCCUAUAUCCUGGAGACAUUUCGUGACAAAUGGGCCCUGUAGCAGCUGCUAAACUGCGAUACAAGAAAGAAUUCCACGCUGCUCUAAAUGCUGAUUUUACCUUUCUGCCUUUCACACAAACCCAGGUUUACGCACGCACGCAGACGCGCACUCAGGCGCUUCUGACAGUCUCCCUCUUAGGGCUGAUUUACAGUACUCAUAUAUUUCUCUGCUCUCUCCUUUAUGUUCUCUCUUUUCUCUGUCUCUGUUUGCUUGAAGCCUCCGCGCUGUCCGGGGCUAUUGGUGCGAGGGGGCUACCGGCGCUCCGGGGAGCGUGCUUUGCAGCUCUUAUUUCGUUCUCUUGGUUACCGGUGCGCGCAGGGCCAGAGCCCCACUGACCGGCUCGGCCUGAGAAGAAGAAAGCGAGAAUGGAGCCGUGUGCUCAUUUAGGGAAAACACAGACUGAUUGUCUCAUUAAGCAGAAAAUACUGUUUCACAGCGAAUGUCAUCACUCGUUUAACCCUGCACAGUGGUUUGGACAAGACCGCAUUUACGCAUCAAACGCUUUAAGUUUAUGUAAGAAUGAAGUUAUUCAUGCUUUUAUCAAAGAAUAUAUUAUAUUGUCUGCUGUUAGCUAUAAAACCACUAAGUACUUCUUCAUUCCCAGUGUGUUUGGGAGCUUUGUGAUGCAUUACAUUUGUAUAAAAGCCGUAUCCUUACCAAGGAACCAUCAAAAGAGUUCCUGCAGGUUCAAUGUUACAUCUUAUAAUUGAUUUGGAGACAGUGAGAGUUUGAAGAAAAGUGGCUGCAUGCUUAACACUAAGUGGACGAAUGUGAUCUGUUGACACAAAGAUAAGAGGCGAUAGCAGGCUGCAGGUGCCAUGGCAGGUAAUGGGAGCUGUGGCUUGUCAACACAAAGUAUUGAGGUGCAUACUGGACGAUAGACUGGUGUCUUGACUUGACCGUAUCUCAGAGAGAGAGAGAGACAGAGAGAGAGAGAGAGAGAGAGAGACAGAGACAGAGACAGAGAGAGAGAGAGAGUAUAAAAGAGGGUGUGUGACAGAAAGGGGGCGCUCUGGGCCUUGAAAUCUUUCGGCCACAGUGCGCCUUGCUGCAGAAAGAAGGAGUCGAAGGCGCAGGGCGCACAGUUCCGACUAUCCGAAAGUUCUUUACUGAUCUCUCCCUCUGGAUGAACCCUGAGCGAGCGAAUACUAUCCUGAUCAGAGGCAAGAAAAGCGAUGGGCUGGAUGCACUUGCUCACACUGCGUUUUUAAAAGUGGUCACUUUUGUAGGUUCGGAAGAGCGCGCCCAGUCGAGCUCGGAGCCUAGGCGAUCGAACACUUCCUCUGCGACGCCCACCGAGUCCUCCGGCCUCAGCCACACCACCCCUCAACCCCGGACACCCAGCACCAUUCAGCGCGAGGCUCUUUCACGAGACAUGCCCUGUGUGCAAGCUCAGUACGGGCCCGUCCCUCCAGGCUCAGCCUACUCAGGCCAGUCCUUUGGUUACCAGGGCGACAGCUACAGCUCUGACCUCAUGACCUCUGACUACACCAAGCUUGACCUUGGUGGCGGGGACAUCUCUGCUGCGGCCGCCACCACCUCCCUCCCCAGCUUCAACGUGUUUGUGGAGGGGAGCUAUGAGCCCAAGUCGUCGUGCCUGUAUCAGAUGCCUCCUCACAGGACCACCAUCAAGAAGGAGGAGGAGAGCUACCCGACCGCUCCGCCCCUGGAGGCCAUGUCCUCCACCAUGUACUUUAAACAGUCCCCACCCUCCACCCCGACGACACCAUCCCUGCCACCCCAGCCCGGCACCUCCUUCCUGUGGGAGGAGCACCCCCUUGCCCCUCCGUCACACUCCCACUCCAUGGGCUCCAGCCUGGAGACAGGCGGCCUAAAAUCCCCCCGCUUUCCACAUUUCUAUCAGCACUCGCCACCCCACAGCGGCAGCAGUAUCGGCGGCUACGAGGGUCUGGGUGGAGGACUUGUUCGCACCUCAUCCUCUUCCUCCUCCUCCUCUUCCUCGGUCUCCCAUCCUCACGGUCCGCCCCUGGAGCAGCCCAUGUACCAGCUUCACCGUGGUGCCGGGGGCAGCAGCCUUGCCUUCCGCUCCCUGGCUCUUGGGCCCUGUGGCCCUCUGCUAGGAGACGGCCUGCCCUCGCCUCCCCAGCGCGGCCCCCCAGGAGAGGGCACCUGUGCGGUGUGUGGCGACAAUGCGGCCUGCCAGCACUACGGCGUACGCACCUGUGAAGGCUGCAAGGGCUUCUUCAAGCGCACUGUGCAGAAAAACGCAAAGUAUGUCUGCCUGGCCAGUAAGAACUGCCCUGUGGACAAGAGGAGACGCAACCGCUGCCAGUACUGCCGCUUCCAGAAGUGUCUGAGUGUCGGCAUGGUGAAGGAAGUGGUACGCACUGAUAGCUUGAAGGGGCGACGAGGCCGUCUGCCUUCCAAACCAAAGAGCCCCCUGCAGACAGAAGCGUCUCCUCCCUCUCCUCCCCUCAGCCUGCUGUCCGCUCUGCUCAGGGCUUAUUCCCACUGCACGCCCCGGGACCUCGACUACAGCCAGUUCAGUGCUGCCGACCCUCCCACUUCCUCCUCAGAUGCAGAGCACAUCCAGCUCUUCUACAGACUGCUCACCGUCUCGAUGGAGACCACGCGAUGCUGGGCGGAACGGCUUCCCGGGUUCUCCGAGCUUCAGCGUGAUGAUCAGAACCUCCUCAUAGACUCUGCCUUCCUGGAGCUGUUUGUCCUGCGGCUAGCUCACAGGUCCAUGCUGUCAGAGGAUAAACUCGUGUUCUGUAACGGCUCGGUGCUGCACAGGUUCCAGUGCCUUCGGGGGUUUGGAGAAUGGCUUGACUCCAUCCGGGACUUCUCCACUCACCUCCAGAGCCUAAACCUGGACGCCUCCGCCUUCGCCUGCCUGGCCGCACUUGUACUGCUCACAGAGCAAGUCCCAGGUCUGAAGGACUCAAAGCGGGUGGAGGAGCUGCAGAAUAAAGUCAUUUGUUGUCUCAGAGACCACCUGGGCUGCAGUCCUUCUUCUUCUUCUUCCUCCUCCAAGGCCACUCCCCCUCUGAGUCGUAUUCUGGGUGUAAGGGCGGAGCUACGUUCCCAAAGGACCCAGGGCCUUCAACGGAUCUUCUACCUGAAGCUGGAGGACCUGGUACCGCCCCCUCCCUUGAUUGACAGGUUCUUGGACACUCUGCCCUAUUGAAGGUUCUGGACUGACCAUACAGAGAAAAACAAAGUCACAUCCUGCCCCCUCCCCUGCAGGAGCACGCGCACAAAUCCAAAAGAGCGAAACACUCCCCUCUGGCUGAUGCUGAGCAGAGAGAGCCAAUCAAAUGCUUUCUACUCAAUAGGAAAACCAAUCAAGAAUGGUUUUCACUCAAAUGGACAAACCAACUAAAUGCUUUUCACCAGUGUAGAGACAAUUACUCGAAUGCUUUAUUACUUUUUAUGUGAUCCUCCUGUUUUCAUCAUGUGGGGGAGUAAAACAAGGCUGAGAUGGACGAUGGAAAGAAAAAGGCCUUUUUACUGUCCUCUUACCGUCUGGGUGUCUGCUCACCCAGCAGAAAAAAAAAAGAAAGAACACCAUGGUUAAUUAGCCCUGUUUAUCUGUGUGUUGGCCUGGCUCAUGCAGUCUUAGGACUUCUUUGGAGGAAAGAGGGAAAGGGGAGGUGUCAGCGUGAAUGACUGUUUUCAGAUCUGAAGACAUCCCAGUAAAGCACAAGUUGCUGUGUAUUCCAGUUCCUCUUAAAGAGAAGGAAAGAUUUGUUCUUUUGACAGUGAAAAGUCAGAGGUCGUACUGCGCAGACGUGCAGAAACACAUACUUCAUAAACACAUGGAAAUGGCUGUUGAGUUGAGCUCUUGAUUCCAAGUGCAAUUUCUUAAGUGCUAUCUCACGACAAAAAGGAAAAGAUGGAGAAGAACCGGUUUAAUUUCAAACUCUAAAUUAUUUUAGUAAAAAGUUCUUUACUGUCGGUAGCUAAAACAAAGAGAGACAGUCUCCGCCUGGUUUUAGACAGCAGAGGAGAAACUGUGCACUAACGAUUGAUGACUGAGUCACACAGACUUGAACUUGCUCUUUUAUGUUUUUUAUUAUUAUUAACUUGUUUUUAAAUCAUAGGUCGUGUAGGGGCACAGAGGUUUAAAGAUGGACAUGUAAAUUGGCUUUUGAAGCACUUAUUCCCUGAGAAGGGCUAGAAGCACAGACACACACCCGAACCUGCUCCCCUAGCAGACGGCGGGUGAGUCUGGGGAGAGGAGGGUGCUCGACAGAUAGCUGUACGUCCAGGGGUGAAACAUUCCGCAGUCAUGCUCUUUUUCUAUUUGUUUCUAAUGUGAUGGAGGCCGUGUGAGAGAGUGGAGGACAACCUGUCUUUGUGUGUACGCUUAGAGAAGUCAGGAUCAUAUGCAUGGUGUGUCCAGAGCAGCCAUAGCCCGUCAAAACAGCUCCACUUGUGUUUGUGUCCCAGACUGCGGCUCUACGUGGGGAUCUCCCCUGGCCUCCACCACCCACUCACACACUCACGGCAGCAGUUUGACAUAUGAAAAUAUCAAAUUAUAUAGAUAUAAAUAUAAAUAUAUAUAUACAAAACUAAUAUUUUGAAGUGUUUUUAGCUUUUUCAAAUAUUGUGGUACGAGUUGUGCAUUGUUUUUUGAAGAAGAGAAACAAAAAAACAAAAAAGUUGCUGUUUUUCAAUGUCCUUUGGUUUGAGUUUCCUUUUCAAUUUUUAUUUUUUUUCUUUCUCUUUGGUUCACUGGAUUUUCUGUUCAGCACUUUGAAAUCAUAAACUAGUUCUGAUCA